CACGAAACAGAAUGAUCAACGAUGCUAGUGCGACAACAGUAGUGAUAUCAAACGAUAUCGUGGCAAUAGCGACGGUGGUGGCAACGUCGGCGGCGGCGGCGGCGGAGGCGGCGGCGGAGGCGGCGACGACGACGACGACGACGACGACGGCGACGACGGCGACGGUGGCAGCGGCAGCGGGGGUGGUGACUCGUGACGGUUUUGCGCGUGUGUUUACUACCGCUGAUCGACAAAAGCCUUCUCUCUCUCGUUUCGCGAUUGUUCUUUGGUCGCGGCCGCGAUCCGUGAGUUUGCCGCGGGAAAAACGAUGUCAGGAUACCGUAAGGUGAAUUAUUACGAGUUGUGCCGAUUGUGUACCAACAGCGAAGGUAACAAGAUGAAUAUAUUUCGCGAGGAGGGACGCAGACGACAAUUGCAGACAAAAAUACAAACGUAUUUGCCGAUACAAGUUAUGGAGGAAGAUUCAUUACCAAAAAUUGUAUGCCACGAAUGUGUUAAGAAGUUGGAAAAUUUCAUAGAAUUUCGGGAAACCGUAGUCAAUGCCGAGGGUAUGUUGGAGUCUUAUUUUACCUCACUUCGUUUCUCUGAAGAUUUUUUAAAAGAAGGAAAAGUUUAUGUAAAAAAUACCGAAAAGGAAAGAUCAUCGACACCAGAGGAUGAAAUUCUUAAGUCAAUGGAUAAAAUAUCAACAUCACCGAGAAGUCAAGUAAUAAGCAAUGAUCAACAAAUACAGCAACAUCAGCAACCUGUUGUAGUUAGCAAUAUAAAUGCUUCUAAUAUACAAAUCAUCAGUGGAGUUCAAGCUAGAGUGCAGCAAUACAAAUGUGCUAUGCAGAUGCAACCAGGUGGCAUGGCAGCAGCUGUUGUUGAAGCUACAGCGGAGACUCAUUACAGUUAUCAACAGCAGACUUCUCAAGUAUCAUCGCAACAAUCAAAUGAAGCGCAAAAUCAAAUUAGUGACCAGCAGAAUCAAUCUCCUGCGAUCCAGCAACAAGUGCAGAACCAAACACAGAAUCAUAGCCAAAUAAAUCAGCCAGUACAAUCCCAAAGAUCAAUUUCUCAACAAUUGAACCAGUCAGGGCAAUUAUCUCAGAAUCAAAGCCAAGUUAAUCAACAUGUGCAAGGACAGAUUUCCCAGCAGCUUCAACAAUUACAGAGGCAACAACGCGAAUUUGAAAAACAGCACAGAAUUCAACAACUUGAGAAACAGCAAGCACAAAUUAUAACGCAAGAAUUCUCGGUGAAACAAGAGACACCGAUUGUACAUCAAAACAAUAAUGUAAUUCUCAAAACCGAGGCGGACAUAGAAUCAAAUCAGCAAGUCAUACAAAAAAUACAAUCUGAAGUCCAAAAAGAUGAAUCUCCUAACUCGGGUGUACAAACUUAUACUACAGUACAAGCAACACCAGAAGUAUUUUUAAACUUGGGUUUUAAAGAGAACACACUGACAACACCAACAACAGUGCAGGAUGACAUAAAAGAUUUUAAAGAAUUUGCAAAAUCUUCAUCUGAUGAUGGAAUGUCUCGUAAUUCAAUUGAUCAAAUCAGAGAAUUUCUGAGGAUUAGGUCAGGAUCAGAACCAGCAUCUUUAAUCACUGUAAAUCCUCAAGUACUCUCGCAGAGUACAAAGAACACUAUCUGCCGCGAUUGCGGUAAAAGUUUUUCCUCAUUGACUCAAAUGAGCAAUCAUACUUGUAGUGUUGAAAUACUUAUAAAUGAACCACCAGAUGCUAGAAGCAAAGAUGAUUCUUUACAAGCUAAUGUUAAUUCCUUUAGUUGUGAUAUUUGUAGUAAACCAUUUAAACGAAAAGAACAUCUCUUUCAACAUAGGAAAUUGCAUACUGGUGAGCGUCCAUAUGUGUGCACGACGUGUGCAAAAGCAUUUAGCCGUAAAGAGCACUUGGUUAGACAUUCAGUAUCUCAUACUGGACAAAAAAUGCACGAAUGUGAAAUGUGCGGUAAAAGUUUUUCGCGCAAAGAUAAUCUCCAUAAACAUCGAAAAACGCAUGGUGUAUCUGGCCCUUACAUUUGUGAAACUUGUGGCAAGUCUUUUGUUGUAAAACAUUAUUAUGUGAUGCAUUUAACUACUCAUGCAACAACUCUUACAGAUAGCAUAAACUGUCCAGAUCCAUUGCCAUAUAAGUGUGAUAUAUGCCACAAAGCAUUCUCUGUAAAACAGUAUCUAACUACGCAUAAACUUAGACACAGAUCGAAAAAUAAUAACUCUGCACAAAAUAAUUUAAAUGGACAUCAACAGCAACUAUCCCAACAAGCAGACGCUGCAAAUAAUGUGAAUGUAGUGACAAAUAAUGUUAACAAUGCUGGACAUGUAAAUAAUAACGGACAAGCUAGUAAUGAAUCAACUGUUGAAAUGCAAAGUGUCAUCGAACGGAAUGAACAGACUAAUGGAUCAUUCACUAAUGGUCAAUAUCAUACUAAUAUACAAGAAUUUCAAUGAGAUAAGGGUAAGCGUGUCUAUUAUGUUCUCUUGCCAAAUGGUAAUAAUCAUAAGAUCGUGGUUGUAUAAGCAAGAGAAACUUUGACGCGCUAAACUAUUUUCUUAUAUGAUUUUACUCUUGAACGAAUGGUUUUUGUAUUUUAAUAUUACAAGAAUGAGAAUCAAAGUGGCUAUUCUGAUAAAUUAAACAUUUUAAUGUGUACACAUUGCACAGAAGAUAGAUCUGUUGAAUGAUUUAAGAAUGCUUGUUCGAUACAAUGUAAGUAUAUCAUGCCAACAAAACAUAUAACAAAUAGUAGUUGUGUAGAAUGCAAGCUAUAAUUUUUAAACAAAAGCUCACUUGUAAUAACAUUUGAAAAAUAUAUACUACUCAUAUUUAUACAUAUAUAGCCUGUUGUUCAAAUAAUGAAAUUGAUUUUUUUAAAUGUGAUAUGUCAAUAUUGGACAUUAAAAACACAAUCUAGUUUGAACUUGGAAAUUUUGUUGACAAACGAAUAAGUUAUUUUUAAAUGAACGAAAUUUAUAUUUAUUAACAUUUGUUGAAUAAUAAUAUAACAAAAUUGUAGCAUAAAAAUAUAUCAAGCAGAGCAAUCAAAUUUUACACAUUAAAUUCUAUAAAAAUGAAACGGAAAUGUAUAUAUUAGAAAGUGAAAGAAAUUUAUGAAGUUUUUUCAUGCUUUAUCCUUUCAUUGAAAGCUUGAUGAUGAAAUUGUUGAAAGGAUGGGAAAUAAUCAAAGACGAAUCACAAUUGAUAAGAAGAUCUGUUCAUUCUAGCUAUUUUCUUGUACUUUCUGAAUUGAAAAUAGAAUAGGUACAUGUUUUCAAAUUUUUGAGGAAAACAGAAAGAAGAAUUAAAAAUUAUAGUUAAAAUGAAUAUUUAAAGAGUUUUUAUCUUUUUAUAAAAACUGAAAGACAUACCUAAAAGAAUAUGGAAUUUUACCAAAUUUUUCAAAUCACCUCAAUUGUAAGAAAAAUGAUACUUUUAAUACUGGAUGAAUUUAAUGUGAAUUAUCAAUUUUAAGGAAUUAACAUAUUUCAUAACAAGAUUCAAACUAGCUUGCGAUUUUGUUAAUGUUCUAAAAAAUGCAAUUUUGUUAUUUUGCUGCAAACUAUAUAUAUAUAGAUACAGACAAAUAUAAACAUGAGAUCAUUUCAAUUUCUGAUGAAAAUGCAUUAUUGGUAUAUUAGUGAUAUAUUAAAAAUGUUCAAAAUGUGUGAAGAAAAUCACGUGAUUUAAAUAACAUUUAAUCAGUUCGUGAUAUAUCAAUUCUCAAUUACAGUAGGAUUCCAUAACUUUUCCACUACAAGGUUAAACAUUUUUGAAAAAAACAAUGGAGAAGAUCCAAUUGUCGCGCAAUCGCAUUUUCGCACAUGAGGCUAUCAAAUUACAUAUGUAUGUACUUGCAAGAUUAAAUGUAAGUACAUCUGCGUGCACUAUACAUGAUCUACUUAUUAUGACAUAGAGGUGGCUCGACAUCAUACGACAUUAGCAUUAAUAAAAUCUGUGUGCAGAAAAGUAUCAAGCUAUACAGUCCAAAGUAAUGAGAGUCUUACUGUAAUUAUAUGAGAAAAAUUCUCUCUGAAUUGUAAGAGCAUUAUAAAAUUUUUGUUUCAUAGAUCAGUAACUGCAACAGUCUUUAACUAUUUUAAGGAUCCUAAAUGCUCAUAUUGCUCCUCACUAGCCAUAUUAAAUUGCAUUGAAAUCUCUUAAGAGUAAAUCAUAUAGGGGCACGAUUCUUGAAUUUAUUUGCGAGAGAAACGUAUGCGCAAAUUCUGCUCUUAUAGAAAGGUUGAUCGGCUACUGCAUGACUUUUAACCAAUCAACUUGUAGAUUUUUCAUAGGAAUGGAAUUUGCGCAUACAUAUAUUUUGCGAAUGCAUUCAAGAAUUGGGCUCCAGAGCUCUGAUAUACUUUAACAAGUAUGCCUCACUCCUGUGCAAUUAAAGGCCCUGGAAGGUAUCGUUUCACACGACGAUUACUUGCGAGGUUUACAUAUUCUUUUUACGCUAUCGAGAAGGAGUAUUGCAUCCGCUUGGCCCGCAGCUCUACAUUACUGCGUGGCUGGAUUGUUACUCUUACUCAUGCUUGGGAGUGGUUUAGUGCAUGGACAGGAUGCAAUACUCUUUAGAAAUUUACUUUUAAGAGAUUCCACUGUACGACGUCAGCGCCGAGAAAUUGUAUAAAUUUUUUUCCUGGAAAAUACAUCGAAAUAAAUAAGUUUUUUGUAUUUUGAUUACUCGAAAUCUGUUUGAUAAUGAUUAACAAAAUGGGCCAAAAACUUUUGUGUUAUCCUGCAUUAAUAAAUGAUUAUAUAAUUCAAAUACAUUUGACCUACAUUUUCAGCGAAAGUGGACCUUAUUUUUAAACGUAUUUUACUGAUUCAUAUUAUUGAACAUUAGUGAUCGAUAAUAUUCAUUCAACAAAACUUAUUUAAUUUGAUGUAAUUCGCAAGAAAAAACGAUGUCUCUCUUGACAUCAUAAAUCAAUAUGGCUACAGUGAAGGCAUAGGAGCCUUAACAUGGUGUAGAAAAACAUAAUAUUCUUAUAUAUACUUCUCGGAUACAGCACAAAAAAUAAGACCAAAGAAGUUCAUAUUAUGUUUAUAUAAAAUUUAUUUAUAUUUAUAUAAAAAGCUAGAUAAAUAAUUAAUUAUAAAUUUAUAUAUUUAAAUAUAAAUAUAUAAAAGAGAUAUAAGAUAGGGUUGGAGGGGUUCGUGCUAAGUUAAUUAUAUUGAGAUUCAGGAAAUUGGAUAUAUA